AUGGAGAGACGGCAGUUAAUAUGUAAUGCCGAAAUAAGUGGUGGAGACCUCUCGCUGCACAAUGUGGUGUCUGCUAUGUUGCUCGGCGAGAGACAAUGGAAAGCGGUUGCCUCCUUUUGCGAGAUAGUAAUCAAGAAAAAGGAGGAAGCGGAGCGUGUGCGUGAAGACGACGUGAACGCACACCCGCUACGGCAUAGCCGGGAUAUUCUAAAGGCGGGUGACAAGUCGCGAGCCGAAAACUACCGUCCCAUCGCCAUCCUGAGCUCAUUUGCUAAGGUUUUCGAGAGUGUCCUGCACUCUAAAUUUUACACUUUAGUUGAUCCUUAUUUAAAUGAUGCGCAGCAUGGGUUCAGGAAAGGCCGCUCCGUCAACACAAACCUUCUCUCGCUCGUAAACCACGUCUCGGAUAAACUGGACAAAGGAUGCCAGGUUGAUGUUGCAUACCUUGAUUUCAGGAAAGCAUUUGACCAGGUUGACAACGAUAUCCUUUUAGAAAAACUGUCCGCAGUAGGCUUUGACCCAUCACUCCUUCAAUUGUUUGCCAGCUACCUGAAGGAUCGUAAACAAUUCGUUCGGCUCGGUUGCUUUGACUCCGAUCUGUACCCAACAAGAUCUGGUGUUAGUCAGGGAUCCUUGCUAGGUCCCUUUCUCUUCACUAUUAUGGUGAAUGAUCUUUCGACCUGUCUGGUUUCCGGUAAACUUCUAUUAUAUGCCGAUGACAUAAAAGUCAUGGUAGAUAUCAAAACCCCGUCAGAUUGCCAGGACAUGCAGCAUAACCUGGAUGCGAUAUAUCGAUGGAGCGUUAAAAACCGCCUUUCCCUUAAUGUGGCCAAGUGCCAUGUCAUGAGUUUCACCCGGGCUAGGCUGGGCAUACUCUCGAACUACCUCAUCGAUUGCAAGUCUAUAUCCCGCACUCAUUCUAUGAAGGACCUGGGGGUGCUCUUUGAUCCUGGUCUUACAUUUCAUGACCAUAUACGCUCUCUGGUUGCAGAAGGGUUUAAGCGCUUGGGGUUUGUUACACGUAACUGCAAGGACUUUAAGCAUGUUGGUGUCUUCAAAGUUUUAUACUCUGCUCUGGUACGAUCCAAACUGGAAGCAAGCUCGUGCGUAUGGAGCCCAUACGAGACGACCUACAUGCUUAUGCUUGAGAAGGUUCAAAAAUGUUUUCUGCGUACUCUCUUCAAGAAAAUGUACGGGUACUAUCCGUUCAUGUAUCCGACGGCUUACUUGCAGGGUGCGCUAGGAUACAAUGCACUAGCGACGCGCAGACUGUUCGACCAGCUGGUAACAGUGCUUCGUAUCCUGCGCGGUCGUCUGGACUGUCCUGAGUUAGUUGGCGAGGCAUGUCGACUAUUUGUCCCAGACGGGCGUGCCCGGUUUCGUGCUGACCGCCUGCGCCUCUUCGCGGUCCCUCCCGCCCGCACGGUCUCGCGGCGCAACUCGCCCGUUUGUCGAGCGUUGCACACGCUCAAUAAGCUCGCUGCUGUGCAACACUCCUGCGAUUUGUUUGCGGACGGCUGGACGCAUAUUAGCCACCAAGUGGAUGCCGGUAGAGGGACGUCGACGGGGAAGGCCCAAACUGAACUGGCGAUGGCGGAAGACCUGGACGGCUUCCUGAACCACUGGCCGGAUGAAACACCAAAUCGGGAGGGAAAUCAAGGGGCCUUUGCCCAGCAGUAG